UUCCCAAUCCAGUGCUGGGUGCCGGCAACAUUUACGGAACCAAUGGAACAGUAUACGGAGAAUUACUGUUGGGUACAAAAUACUUAUUUCCUGCCCCUGCAUGAUUAUAUCCCUCAUAAUUAUGCUGAACGGGAAAACAGGCAGAUUGGUUAUUAUCAGUGGGUACCAUUUGUGCUUGCGCUGGAAGCAUUGCUCUUCUAUGUACCUACAAUCGUUUGGAGGCUGCUCAGCUGGCAGUCAGGUAUCCAUGUGCAGUCACUGGUGCAAAUGGCGUGCGACUCGCGGUUACUUGAUUUGGACUCCAGAAACAGGGCUUUACAGACCAUUGCUACAAAUGUCGAGGAGGCACUUCAUGUAAAACAUCAAGUGAUGGGUGGGAAUCGAUUGAAACUGCUAAAUUUGAUUAUUUGUACACGGAGCAGUGGUGCUGCUGUGACAUUUUUGUACAUUUCGGUGAAAAUUCUUUAUACGGUAAAUAUCGUGGGACAAAUUUUUUUGCUCAACACGUUUUUGGGCAAUCGCAGCAGGUGGUACGGAUUGCAGGUGCUAAAUGAUUUGAUGAAUGGACGUGAAUGGGAAGAAUCGGGGCAUUUCCCUCGCGUUACACUAUGCGAUUUCGAAGUCAAGGUACUGGGUAAUGUUCAUCGGCAUACAGUGCAAUGUGUUUUGAUGAUAAAUAUGUUCAAUGAGAAGAUAUUUUUGUUUCUAUGGUUUUGGUAUUUCUUGCUUGCCGGUGCGACUGUUUGCUCGCUUUUUUACUGGAUCUACAUCUCCAUUGUUCCCAGCAGGUUUGAUUCAUUUCUUGGCUCAUUAUGUAGAAUUGAGUAG